CCCCCAUCAACAACCCCCCCCCGGCCAUCCCUCCCUUCUUCCAAGGCCUCUGGGACUGGAACAAAGGUGUCAUCAGCUGGCCUCCAGCUUGGGCAGGGCACAGAGCCCAGGAUAGAUAGGAGGGAGGGAAGGAGGCAACAUGUGAUCCCCAUGGACUGUCCUACUAGGCUUUGGGUUCCUCCCCAAUCCAGAUUAGCUCCUCCCUCCUACCCCAGCCUGUCAGGUGGCCUGCCUUCCCUCUCCCUUGCUAUAAGGGCCAGGAUAGCUGGUAGAGAACAGGUACCCAGAAACUUUGGUCCAAGCUGGGAGUCCAUAGCUCCCACCUAGCAGAUAUCCCUUCUUUUGGGGGCAAAGACUCAACAAAUCUUUCCAACCCAGUCCAGCUCCCUCUAAUACUACUAUGUCGGCUAGAGAGGAAGGAGCAGUAGCGGCUCCAAACCAGAAACAAGAACCCAAGUCUAAGUCUCAGUCUCUAGGAAAUUUUCUAGGAAGCUUGCCCCUCUUUGGCUCAGCCCGAAGCCUAUUUUCUUCUAGUUCAUCGAAAGGGGCUCGUGGGAACAUCAAGUCGGGACCUAACUCCCAACAGAGUUCCACUGCAGAUGUGCACAACCCCAGAAACCUAGCCAAGCUGGAGGAGAAACCACCAGGAAAUGAAAUGCCUGAGGCAAAGAAGAUAUACUCAAAGGUGACAGAGGAAAAAGACUCAGUCAUUCCUGGGGUGCCCAAUAUGAUGGACAUGACCAAAGGCACAGUUCAGGGAGGUUUGGACUCCACCAUGUCAAUUGUGAGCAACACCAAAAAUACUGUGGGCAAAGGAGUCUCUGGUGCUAUGGACACAGCAAAAGGGGCAACCCAGGCUAUUGCAUCAGGCACCAAAGGUGUCAUCCAGAGUGGCUUAGAUACUACAAAAAACAUAGCAACUGGUACAAAGGACACUUUCUACACUGGAAUCACUGGAGCAAUGGAUGUAGCCAAAGGAGUAGUUCAGGGAGGUCUAGAUACCUCAAAAUCAGUCUUAAGUGGAACCAAGGAUACUGUCUUGACUGGAGUCACUAGUGCCACAAAAGUGGCCAAGGGAGCCAUCCUAAGUGGCUUAGACACCACUCAAAAUAUAGCAACAGGCACUAAAGAUACUGUUUGCAGUGGUCUGACUGGGGCUAUGAAUGUGGCCAAAGGAGCUGUCCAGAGUGGCUUGGAUGCUACACAAAACAUAGCAGCUGGCACCAAGGACACACUCUGCACUGGUGUCACUAGUGCCACAAAUGUGGCUAAAGGAGUUGUCCAAGGAGGUCUGGACACCACAAAAUCAGUUCUAGGUGGAACCAAGGACACUGUAUUGACUGGAGUCACUGGUGCCACAAAUUUAGCCAAGGGAGCUAUACAGAGUGGCCUGGAUACUACCCAAAAAAUAGCAACCGGUACUAAGGACACUGUCUUGACUGGAGUCACUGGUGCCAUGAAUGUGGCCAAAGGAGCUGUCCAGACUGGCGUUGAUGCUACACAGAACAUAGCAGCUGGCACUAAGGAUACUGUCUACACUGGAGUCACUAGUGCCACAAAUGUGGCCAAAGGAGUUGUCCAAGGAGGUCUGAAUACUACAAAAUCAGUUCUAGGUGGAACCAAGGACACUGUCAUGACUGGAGUCACUGGUGCCACAAAUUUAGCCAAGGGAGCUAUACAGAGUGGCCUGGAUACUACCCAAAAAAUAGCAACCGGUACUAAGGACACUGUCUUGACUGGAGUCACUGGUGCCAUGAAUGUGGCCAAAGGAGCUGUCCAGACUGGCUUUGAUGCUACACAGAACAUAGCAGCUGGCACUAAGGAUACUGUCUAUACUGGAGUCACUAGUGCCACAAAUGUGGCCAAAGGAGUUGUCCAAGGAGGUCUGAAUACCACAAAAUCAGUCCUAGGUGGAACCAAGGACACUGUCAUGACUGGAGUCACCGGUGCCACAAAAGUAGCCAAAGGAGCUAUACAGAGUGGCCUGGAUACUACCCAAAAAAUAGCAACCGGUACUAAGGACACUGUCUUGACUGGAGUCACUGGUGCCAUGAAUGUGGCCAAAGGAGCUGUCCAGAGUGGCUUUGAUGCCACACAGAACAUAGCAGCUGGCACUAAGGAUACUGUCUAUACUGGAGUCACUAGUGCCACAAAUGUGGCCAAAGGAGUUGUCCAAGGAGGUCUGAAUACCACAAAAUCAGUCCUAGGUGGAACCAAGGACACUGUCAUGACUGGAGUCACCGGUGCCACAAAAGUAGCCAAAGGAGCUAUACAGAGUGGCCUGGAUACUACCCAAAAAAUAGCAACCGGUACUAAGGACACUGUCUUGACUGGAGUCACUGGUGCCAUGAAUGUGGCCAAAGGAGCUGUCCAGAGUGGCUUUGAUGCCACACAGAACAUAGCAGCUGGCACUAAGGAUACUGUCUACACUGGAGUCACUAGUGCCACAAAUGUGGCCAAAGGAGUUGUCCAAGGAGGUCUGAAUACCACAAAAUCAGUCCUAGGUGGAACCAAGGACACUGUCAUGACUGGAGUCACCGGUGCCACAAAAGUAGCCAAAGGAGCUAUACAGAGUGGCCUGGAUACUACCCAAAAAAUAGCAACCGGUACUAAGGACACUGUCUUGACUGGAGUCACUGGUGCCAUGAAUGUGGCCAAAGGAGCUGUCCAGAGUGGUUUGGAUGCUACACAGAACAUAGCAGCUGGCACUAAGGAUACUGUCUAUACUGGAGUCACUAGUGCCACAAAUUUAGCCAAAGGAGCUAUACAGAGUGGCCUGGAUACUACCCAAAAAAUAGCAACCGGUACUAAGGACACUGUCUUGACUGGAGUCACUGGUGCCAUGAAUGUGGCCAAAGGAGCUGUCCAGACUGGCUUUGAUGCUACACAGAACAUAGCAGCUGGCACUAAGGAUACUGUCUAUACUGGAGUCACUAGUGCCACAAAUUUAGCCAAAGGAGUUGUCCAAGGAGGUCUGAAUACCACAAAAUCAGUUCUAGGUGGAACCAAGGACACUGUCGUGAUGGGAGUCACUGGUGCCACAAAUUUAGCCAAGGGAGCCAUCCAGAGUGGCCUAGACACUACCCAAAAAAUAGCAACUGGCACUAAGGACACUGUCCUGACUGGAGUCACUGGUGCAAUGAAUGUGGCCAAAGGAGCUAUCCAGACUGGCUUGGAUGCUACACAGAACAUAGCAGCUGGCACUAAGGACACUGUCUGCACUGGAGUCACUAGUGCCACAAAUGUGGCCAAAGGAGUUGUCCAAGGAGGUCUGGACACCACAAAAUCAGUUCUAGGUGGAACCAAGGACACUGUCUUGACUGGAGUCACUGGUGCCACAAAAGUAGCCAAGGGAGCUAUCCAGAGUGGCCUGGACACCACCCAAAAAAUAGCAACUGGCACUAAGGACACUGUCUGCACUGGUGUCACUAGUGCCACAAAUGUAGCCAAAGGAGUUGUCCAAGGAGGUCUGGACACCACAAAAUCAGUUUUAGGUGGAACCAAGGACACUGUCGUGACUGGAGUCACUGGUGCCACAAAAGUAGCCAAGGGAGCUAUCCAGAGUGGCCUGGACACCACCCAAAAAAUAGCAACUGGCACUAAGGACACUGUCUGCACUGGUGUCACUAGUGCCACAAAUGUAGCCAAAGGAGUUGUCCAAGGAGGUCUGGACACCACAAAAUCAGUUCUAGGUGGAACCAAGGACACUGUUAUGACUGGAGUCACUGGUGCCAUAAAUGUAGCCAAAGGAGCUAUCCAGAGUGGCCUGGACACCACCCAAAAAAUAGCAACUGGCACUAAGGACACUGUCUACACUGGUGUCACUAGUGCCACAAAUGUAGCCAAAGGAGUUGUUCAAGGAGGUCUGGAUACCACAAAAUCAGUUCUAGGUGGAACCAAGGACACUGUUGUGACUGGAGUCACUGGUGCCACAAAAGUAGCCAAGGGAGCUAUCCAGAGUGGCUUGGAUGCUACACAGAACAUAGCAGCUGGCACUAAAGACACUGUCUUCACUGGUGUCACUAGUGCCACAAAUGUGGCCAAAGGAGUUGUCCAAGGAGGUCUGGACACCACAAAAUCGGUUCUAGGUGGAACCAAGGAUACUGUCUUGACUGGAGUCACUGGUGCCAUGAAUGUGGCCAAAGGAGCUAUCCAGAGUGGCCUGGACACCACCCAAAAAAUAGCAGCUGGCACUAAGGACACUGUCUACACUGGUGUCACUAGUGCUACAAAUGUGGCCAAAGGAGUUGUCCAAGGAAGUCUAGACACCACAAAAUCAGUUCUAGGUGGAACCAAGGACACUGUUGUGACUGGCUUCACUGGUGCCACAAAAGUAGCUAAGGGAGCUAUCCAGAGUGGCUUGGAUGCUACACAAAACAUAGCAGCUGACACUAAAGACACUGUCUGCACUGGUGUCACUAGUGCCACAAAUGUAGCCAAAGGAGUUGUCCAAGGAGGUCUGGACACCACAAAAUCAGUUCUAGGUGGAACCAAGGACACUGUAUUGACUGGAGUCACUAGUGCCAUGAAUGUGGCCAAAGGAGCUAUCCAGAGUGACCUGGAUACCACCCAAAAAUUAGCAACUGGCACUAAGGACAAUGUCUUGACAGGAGUCACUGGUGCUAUGAAUGUGGCCAAAGGAGCUAUCCAAAGUGGUUUGGAUGCUGCACAAAACAUAGCAGCUGGCACUAAGGACACUGUCUGCACUGGAGUCACUAGUGCCACAAAUGUAACCAAGGGAGUUGUCCAAGGAGGUCUGGACACCACAAAAUCAGUUCUAGGUGGAACCAAAGACACUGUCUUGACUGGAGUCACUGGUGCCAUGAAUGUGGCCAAAGGAGCUGUCCAGAGUGGUUUGGAUGCUACACAGAACAUAGCAGCUGGCACUAAGGACACUGUCUGCACUGGAGUCACUAGUGCCACAAAUAUGGCCAAAGGAGUUGUCCAAGGAGGUCUGGACACCACAAAAUCAGUUCUAGGUGGAACCAAGGACACUGUUGUGACUGGAGUCACUGGUGCCACAAAAGUAGCCAAGGGAGCCAUCCAGACUGGCCUGGAUACCACCCAAAAAAUAGCAACUGGCACUAAGGACACUGUUUUGACUGGAGUCACUGGUGCCAUGAAUGUGGCCAAAGGAGCUAUCCAGGCUGGCUUGGAUGCUACACAAAACUUAGCAGCUGGCACCAAGGACACUGUCUGCACCAGUGUCACUGGUGCCACAAAUGUGGCCAAAGGAGUUGUCCAAGGAGGUCUGGACACCACAAUAUCGGUUCUAGGUGGAACCAAAGACACUGUCUAUAGUGGAGUUACUGGUACCAUGAAUGUGGCCAAAGGAGCUAUCCAGAGUGGCUUGGACACCACUCAAAAAAUAGCAGCUGGCACUAAAGACACUAUCUGUACUGGAGUCUCUGGUGCAAUGAAUGUGGCCAGAGGAGUCAUCCAGAGUGGCUUAGAUACUGCACAAAACAUGGCAACUGGCACUAAAGAUACUGUUUGUGCUGGAAUCACUGGUACGGUGAAUGUGACUCAAAGUCUUAUCCAGGGAGGUCUAGACACCACAAAAUCCAUUGUGAUAGGAACCAAGGACUCUGUCUGCCGUGGUGAGACUAAGGUGGAGCAUGUGGCCAAACAGGCCAUUGAGACUGGAUUAGACACUGCCCAAUUAAUUCCUACUGUCACCAAAGAUGCUCUGUCUGGAGGAGUCUCCAGUGCAGUGGACCUGACUAAAGAAGCUGCUCAUGGAGGUCUGGAAAUCCCCAAGGUAGCUGCAAAAGGCACCACGGGUCUGGCCUCCACUCUGAUGGAUCUUGCCAAAGGGGUCAUCCAGAAAGAAGCAAAUGUACCCAAUUGCCCUGGUCUAAGUGAAGAGCCCAGUGUCACCCAAGUGCUAAUUGGCAACUGGAAAAACGUAGGCCACAAAUCAGAGGAGCAAGCUGCCUUCCUCGCUAUGAAUGAAGAAGAACUAGCUCAGCUGGCUGCCUAUGAUCUGGGGCCAAAGGUGCUAUCUUUAGACCAGAAGAACUAUUUUGUGGAACUGAAAAACUUGCCCACCAGCCUCCACCUGAGGGCCUAUGAGCACACCUUAAGCAAACUGCAAGAGAUCAAGAAACAAACCUCGGAGAUCUUUUCUGAGCUGCAAGAGACCCUCAAACUGAUUCAAGAGGUCAAAGAGAACAUGGAGAAGAGCCAUGCCCAGGAAGAGGGGCUGAACUGCAGGCAGUCCCAGGAGACUAACCAAAGUGAGCUUCCAGAGUCCAGGCUUCUCCCCAGAGCUCGAAGCCUAGUCCAACAGCUGCAUGCCAACUACAGGGUCCUGGGCACCAGUCUCCAAGGCCUCCCCAGUGAGUUUCAGCAAGGGAUUCAGCGGGCACGCUAUUGUGUUGGAGAGCUUCAUGGACUCCUUGCCAUUGCUCGAUCAUUUUGGGAUCUGUCUUCCAUGGAGCUGGCCCAGAGUCGUCAGAGCCUGAACCAGACAUGGCUGGGGCUAGAGGGGCUCAUGGAGGGCCUGGCCUAUAUGACUCCACUCACCUGGCUGAUGGGACCCUUCCCGAUAACUAAAGAGUAAAAUGCUGGGGAAAGUCUCUUUCCCCCUCCCACAAGUGCUGAACUGGGGAGUAAAACCACCCUGUGCUUUAAGGUGCCCUGUGCCUGACCUUCCCUGAAUCUCAUCCUUCCACUCUUCCCCACCCCUUUUACCUUCAAAGGCCUUCCUUCUUCUUUGGCUAGUUGCCCAAGGCCUGACUCUGCUUUGCUGCAGGAAGAAGCUGAGGCCUAGGCUGGGGUCAGGGCAAUGCUAAGCAAAAGGGAGCAGCUGUUGAGGCUUGCCUUCAUGCUCCUUCCUUUCCUUCUCAUCACAAAUAUUUCACAUCCCUCACAUUGCCAUCCCAUACCUGUAGCCCUUGCCUUUUUCCAGUCUCUUUCCAAGGAGCUGGGGUGAAAAGGAAGAGUCAGAGAAUUUUGGUCUAAUCUCAGAAACACCAAAUUUCAAAAAGCAUUUAGUACAAUAUCCCUUGACAAAGAGUCCUUUGGUCUUCAUUGAAGACCCCCGAUGAUGGGAAAUUGACUACAUCCCUAAAAGUCCAUUCCAUUUUUGGAAGCCUCUUAUUGCUAAGAACUUUGCAAGAGAUCUCCUAAACUUUUGGAUUAAGAAACCAAGUGGGUGCAAGGCAAGGGAGAGAAGGUCCUUAGUCUCUAGAAUCAAUGUCAAGAUGAAUCUACCCUCCUGGGCCCUAGGUAGCUAGGGCUUUCAAAUGAUUAAAAAAAAAAAGUGAUAGUUGA